CUUCUCCGCUUGUCCAUGUCCCUGCCCGUGGUGCUCCCGGGCUCCUGCUGCCCGGUGGCCGGGCUCUCCGGCGGGCCGCAGGCCGGGGGCCCGGGCGCUGCGGCCGCCGCCGCCCAGGAGCCGCCGCUGCCCCCACUCCGGCCGCGCUGGCCCCGAGCUGCGCCGCAGCCCCCGGCGCGGCCUCGCUGCGGGGCCGCCGCCGCCGGGGUGCUGGCCGCGCCGCCUGCGCUCUCCUCCCGCCGGGCCGCCGCCGCCGCCGCGGCCGGGGCUCCGGGCUCCGCGCUGCUGCCCGCUCGCCUGCUCUUGUCGCUCGGUCUGCUGCAGCUGAUCCUGGGCUGCUGCAUGGUGGCACUCAGCUUCGGGGCGCUGUCGCUGAGCAGCUCCCCGCAGGUGAAGAACUCGUGCCCGUUCUGGGCCGGCUCCUCGGUGAUACUCUCUGGAAUCAUAGGAUUAACAACAUGGAAGCGACCUAUGAUACUCCUGGUGAAUCUCUUUGUACUGCUGUCUGUGGUGUGUGUCCUCCUGAAUUUAGCCGGAUUUAUUCUUGGCUGCCAGGGUGCUCAGUUUGUGUCCAGUGUGCCCAGGUGUGAUCUGGUGGACUUAGGUGAAGGCAAGAUUUGCUUCUGUUGUGAAGAAUUUCAACCAGCCAAAUGCACAGACAAAGAAAAUGCCUUGAAACUCUUCCCGGUUCAGCCUUGUAGUGCUGUUCACCUUCUCCUCAAGAAAGUCCUUUUCACCCUGUGUGCCUUGAAUGCCCUGACCACCACCGUCUGCCUGGUGGCAGCCGCCCUUCGCUACCUCCAGAUCUUUGCAGCCAGAAGAUCCUGCGUCGAUGAAUCCCAGAUUUCUGCAGAAGAAGUGGAGGAACACAGACGCAUCCCAGACCCUGAUGACUUCGUGCCUCCAGCGCCUCCCCCUUCCUAUUUUGCCACGUUUUACUCGUGCACACCCCGGAUGAACCGCAGGAUGGUUGGUCCUGAUGUUAUUCCACUGCCACAUAUCUAUGGAGCACGAAUCAAAGGAGUGGAAGUGUUCUGUCCUCUGGACCCCCCACCUCCCUAUGAAGCUGUGGUGAGCCAGACAGACCAGCAACAGGGAUCUUCAUUCCAAAUGCCAGAAGGAUCAGAAGCUGCCACCAGUCCACUGGAACCGAUCUGCAUGCCAGGGACUCAAGGUGGGGAUAUUCCUACCACACCUGGAGAAGAAAGUGCAUCCAUACCAACUCCCAACUCAAACCAGCUAUACCCAGAGAGGAGCUGGAGAGCCCUCCGACCCCUGAGGACAAGAUCCAAGAGUGAUCCUGUGCUACAUCAUUCCGCCGAGAGAGCUGUCCCUGUGCUCAGCUGUGAGGCCGCGACUCAGACUGAGGGAAGACUGGACUUGGCUGCAGUGACCUUGAGGAGAAGGUUGAGAUCCCGAGCUUCAAGAUGCAGACCGAGGUCUUUGAUAGAUUACAAGUCUUACAUGGACACCAAGCUGCUGGUGGCGAGGUUCCUGGAACAGUCCUCCUGCACCAUGACCCCAGACAUCCAUGAACUUGUAGAAAACAUCAAAUCUGUUCUGAAGUCUGAUGAGGAGCACAUGGAGGAAGCUAUCACGAGUGCCAGUUUUCUAGAACAGAUCAUGGCCCCGAUGCAGCCCAGCACUUCCAGGGCCCUGGUGCUGCCCUCGCGGAAACAGCCUGGCCUGCUGCACCUGCGGAGCUGCGGAGAUCUGAGCACCUUCGUCCCCGCGGGGAGGCCCCCGGCCGAGAGGAGGCCCCGGCGAGCCGAGGCCGAGAGGCCACACAGCCUCAUCGGCGUCAUCCGAGAGACUGUCCUGUGAAGCGGCAGGGCCGGGGCUCCUGAGGAGCAGGAAGACAGAUACACCAAGGGGGAGACUGUGAAUGAAGCCCAAACCUCUGCCCGGGUCCGCCCUGCUGUGGGCAGAAGCGGCUCAGGAUUCGGUGCCCGCUGUACCUCUCACAACUCUCUUCUGCACUGAGCUCUUGCCUUCUCUGGAAGGGCAGAUGUGCUGGCUGCUAUGUAUUUGCUGCCAACUGAGAGUGGAACUGGCCUAGAAGCAGGGUGAUGGACCCCGAUAUUCUAUGAUCGUCAAGCCUUGUGUUAGAUCACUUUCAAACCGCAUUCUCUUAGGAAAAACAGUAAACUUGUUUGGUGACAAAUUUUGAUGAAAGAAAUUUGGGAGAGAAUUCUUGUUGAUUCCAUUUAUUCAUGCUUGCAAAACUAGAGAUAGCUAAGGCAGAACUGAGAAUAAAAAUGUUUACCUUGGA